UGGUCAGUGAUCAGUGCGAUCAGUUAGUAGCAUUGCAAAGAAAGAAGAAACAUGUUCGAUUGGACUGGUAAGAAUGUUGUGUUCGCCGGUGGCUUCAGUGGCAUCGGAUUCCAGAUGAUGCACCAGCUGAUGCAGCGCGAGAAGCUCAAGAUGAUGGGCAUUGUGCACCGCAUGGAGAAUGCCGAGAUGAUGAAGAAGCUGCAGGCGGAGAAUCCCAGUGUCAAGGUGGUGUUCAUGCAAAUGAAUCUGAUGGAUAAGAUGUCAAUUGAGCAGACGAUGAAGAAAAUGGGACAGAUGAUGGGCAACAUUGAUGUGCUGAUCAACUGCGAGGAUGUGCUGCUCGACAAGGAUGUGGCGACCACAAUUGGCGUCAAUUUGACUUCAAUGAUCUAUGUGACGAUGAUGGCAAUGCCGUACAUGGACAAGACUCAAAUGGGACUCGGCGGCAUGGUCAUGAAUAUGUCAUCCGUUUAUGGGUUGGAACCAGCUCCAGCAUUUGCUGUCUAUGCUGCUGCCAAACACGGAGUUAUGGGCUUCACUCGGUCGAUGGCUGACAAGAUGAUCUACCAGAAAACCGGCGUCAUGUUCAUGGCCAUGUGUCCAGGACUAACCAACACCGAAAUGAUGAUGAACCUGCGCGACAAUGUCACCUGGCAUCACUCCGAGCAGAUGGUGGAGGCCAUCGAGAGUGCCAAGCGCCAAAUGCCCGAGGAGGCUGCCAUGCAGAUGAUCAAGGGCAUGGAGAUGAUGAAGAAUGGCAGCAUGUGGAUCGUGGACAAGGGUCAGCUGAAGGAAGCCAUGCCCCAGAUGCACUGGCAAAUGUAAACUGACAUUGGAAUUUGAAAUGAUUCGAGUAAUUCAUUUUUAUAUGCAAUAAAGAAAAUAAUUGUUGUCAAUUUUAAAA